AUGUCAGGCCCCUACACCGGCGGCUGCAACUGCGGCCAAAUCCGCUACUCCCUCUCCACCCCACCCAUAAUCGUCAACUGCUGCCACUGCACCUACUGCCAGCGCGAAACCGGCUCCGCCUUCGCAGUCAACGCCUUCUACGAGUCGGACCGCAUGACUCUAACUUCAGGCACAUCCCAGGACAUCGAGGUCACCCCCAUCGCCACCAAAUCCGGGCGAGCGCAACACUUGCAUCGCUGCCCGAAAUGUAAGGUUGUCAUGUGGUCCUUGUAUGGGCAGCCGGCGGCGGGCGAUUUCAUGAGGGUUGUCAAGGUGGGGACUCUGGAUGAGCCGGCUCGGAUGCCGGUUGAUGUGCAUAUUUAUGCCGGGACGAAGCAGAAGUGGGUUGAGUUGGGGAAUCAUGAUGCGAAGGCGGUGUUUGAGGAGAAUGCCAAGCCGAAGGAGUGCUGGUCAAAGGAGAGCUUGGAUAGGAUGUCGAAGGUGGGUGAGAAACGGAGGGCUGCGAAGGAGAAGGGAAAGGGGGGUGAGAAGUUGUGA